GAACUUUGCUCCGUCUCUCCUUAACCAAGUCUUGUGUAAUAUCUCUAAUAAAGUAUUCAAGCCACAACAACAGGGCAGGUAGGUCACAGUUGUAUGAGCAACAGCGUUUAGAACAUUUAGUUUGGAGUCUCCUGGAUCUGAUGAAAACUUCGCAGUGGAUCUGUUGACAUCCAGGAGCCACCUCUCCACUCACGCUGGAUUUAUUCAUCACAAAGAGAGAAGUCCAGUCUUAUGAUUUUGAGGAAGCUGAAUAUAUAUUUUAAAAUGUUUUAUUCAGUUCUUGAGGAGAUUGAAAUCUAAUCUUUUUUUACUGAAACACACCAAGCUCAUUGUAGCCAUGGAGGAAAGAAGAAGAUUGACCUACAAAAUCAACAGGGAGUUCCUGGAUGAAGGCACUCUGGAUGAGAUGGGAGGAAGGAGCAACUCCAAAACAUCUCUGCGUGACAAGAUGAAAGACUCACUGAGCUGUAGUGGUUCAAAGGUGAAGAGCUGUCUGCUGAAGACCAUUCCUGUUGCGUCAUGGCUGCCUCGUUACUCUUUCAGAGACAACGCGUUGGGUGAUUUGGUCUCGGGAAUCAGUGUGGGGAUCAUGCAGCUCCCACAGGGAAUGGCCUAUGCACUGCUGUCAUCUGUUCCUCCAGUAUUUGGUCUUUACUCCUCCUUCUACCCAGUCCUCAUCUACUUUAUCUUUGGAACAUCACGGCACAUCUCAGUUGGAACAUAUGCAGUGAUGAGCGUAAUGAUAGGAGGGGUCGUCGACCAACUGGCACCAGAUUCAAACUUUGAGAUCUGGAAUAAUGUGACCAACUCCAGCAUCAUCGACACUGUCGCUCGAGAUAAAGAAAGGGUCCAAAUAGCAGCUACAGUCACUUUUAUGUCUGGUUUGUUUCAGAUUCUUCUUGGUUUGAUCAAGUUUGGUUUCGUGGUGACCUACUUGUCUGAGCCCCUCGUCCGAGGUUAUACCACAGGAGCUGCUAUCCAUGUCAUUGUUUCCCAGCUCAAAUAUACCUUUGGUAUCUCCCCAAAGAGACACACCGGACCGGUUUCCUUGAUUUAUACGGUGUUGGAGAUCUGCUAUCUCCUUCCAAAGACAAACAUUGGCACAUUGGUGGUCAGUAUCGUCUCCAUUGUUUGCCUCAUCCUCGCCAAGGAGCUCAAUGCAUACUUGGGUAAAAAGCUACCUGUUCCCCUGCCCAUGGAGCUAUUUGCUGUGGUCAUUGCAACAGUUAUCUCUUGGCAAGUUAACCUAGAGGAGAGAUAUGGAGUGGCCGUAGUGGGAGAAAUUCCCUCUGGUCUCCAGCCACCUGCUGUCCCCGCUUCGUCCAUCUUUGUUCAGAUAAUUGGAAAUGCCUUCGCCCUCUCUGUUGUCGGUUAUGGCAUCGCUAUCUCCCUGGGACGAAUAUUUGCGCUCAAAUAUGGCUACAAGGUGGACAGCAACCAGGAGCUACUGGCCCUUGGCUUGAGCAAUUCAAUUGGCGGACUUUUCCAGUGUUUUGCCGUCAGCUGCUCAAUGUCUCGCAGUAUGGUUCAGGAAAGCACCGGAGGGAAGACCCAGGUUGCUGGGGCUGUAUCAGCGGUGGUUAUUCUUUUUAUCACUCUCUGGAUUGGAUCUCUUUUUGAAGAUCUACCCAAGGCAGUGCUAGCUGCCAUCAUCUUCGUUAAUCUCCAUGGUAUAAUGAAGCAGUUCUUGGACAUCCCCGCUCUGUGGAAAACCAAUAAAGUCGACAUGCUGGUCUGGGUGGUCACCUUCAUCUUGACUUUGGUGUUAAACCCAGACUUUGGACUACUUGGUGCUAUCGCCUUUUCCUUGCUCACGGUCAUCUUCAGGACACAGCUACCCAAGUACUCCCUGUUAGGACAGCUGCCAGGCACUGAUAUCUACAAGCCAGUGGAAGACUAUACUCAGGCGAAGCAGGUGCCAGGAAUUUUAAUCUUCCGUUCCUCUGCCACCCUCUACUUUGCCAACGCUGAGAUGUACCAAGAAGCACUUGGAGAAAAGUCUGGCAUUGACAUCACUAAGAUCCUGUCAAGAAAGAAGAAACUGGAAGCCAAACGAAAGAGGCAUGAAAAGAAAAUGGCCAAGAAAGCAAAGAAACAGCUCAAGAAGCAAAGAAUAGACAUGGAGGAGCCAAAUUCAGAGCACCAGAAUGACAUCGCCAUCAUUGAUGUGGACAACGCUCCUGACCCUUCACUGCCAAGAGCCAUUAUCCUUGACCUUAGCCCCGUAAACUUCCUGGACACAGUGGGGGUCAAGACAAUAAAAAGUAUUCGGCGAGACUAUGGAGAAAUCGACAUCGAGGUUGUUCUCACUUGCUGCCAAAGUGGUGUAGUGGAGAACCUCCAGAGAGGAGGUUUGUUCAACGACAAAGUGACAAAGUCCUGCCUCUUCAACACCAUCCACGAUGCCGUUCUGUACUGUCAGUCUGGAAAAACAAUGUGCCAAAAUGAUGAAGAAGAGGAGAUGAAUGGAACACAUUUCUGAGUCCUAAGAGAAGUGAUGAAGGAUGUUAUGGAGACACGACAGACACUCUGCUGGAGAAUUUUAUCCAGAGAGCUUCAAAAAUCUGGGACACCCUCGUUCGCUGACAUACUGAGAAAAACAAAGAAAACAUAUUUUUUCUACUAAAUGUGUUUUCUUGAAAUAAAUGUAUUCAACAUAAUUAUAUAAUGCUAAAUCUACACAUUUUUGGUCAUAUGUGCUUUUAUUUGAAAUAGGUAUUAUUUGAUAUACUGUUUGUUGUACAUUUACUUUAUGGAUUUAAACUUCUGGACCAAAAUUGGUAUUCUGUAUUCUGUUGUAUUUGUAGUCAGUGUGAAAUGUUUCUUUAGGUGUAAACUAAUUGUUUGCACUUUAAUCUCUAAAUAAAUGGUUGCAAAGAUAUUUUGUAAAAAGAAA